AUGUUGCAUCUCAGACAUCGAUUUUCCAUCCCCAGGACCCAGGCGAAACCCUUGCGACGUGGACGCAAUCACACUGCCCAGAUGGUCUUUGUUCUUCUUUCUGACGCUGUUCAUUCUGCUUCCCAAAUUAAACGUUACGCUCAUAUGCAGGUUGAUGGCAUGGAUGUCCUCACCGUUCGCGAGGCCGUUCGGUUUGCCCGUGACUGGUGUUCGUCUGGCAAGGGCCCAAUCAUCUUGGAGGCGGAGACGUACCGUUACCACGGGCAUAGUAUGAGCGACCCUGGAACGAGCUAUCGGACACGUGAGGAAGUGCAGGCUAUGCGUCGUCUCCGUGAUCCCAUCACUCUGUUCCAGAAGCGCAUUACCGAAUCACAGCUGGCCACUGAUGAGGAAAUCAAGGAUUUAGAGAAGAAACUUCGAAAAGAAGUGGAUGAAGAUGCCGAACGUUGUCUCGCUGAUGCAAGUCCCGAACCUAUCGAUGGUUUCUGUAGCCCGUUACUCAAAACUCCGCCCAGUUUCCGGAUCCGUGGGUGCGACAUCCUCACUUGGUACACACCAAAGUGA